UUUCUCCUGAUUCGUUCUUCUUCAUCUUCCUUUGGUCUUUCGAAGAUCUAGAAAAAAACCCUAGAAAAGGGAAGAUCACCAAGAUCGAGAGGAAGAUCAAAAGAGAGUUGAAAUUGAUGGGGAGAGGGAAGAUUGUGAUCCAGAAGAUCGAUGAUUCGACAAGUAGGCAAGUCACUUUUUCCAAAAGAAGAAAGGGUCUCAUCAAGAAAGCUAAAGAACUUGCUAUUCUCUGCGACGCCGAGGUCGGUCUCAUCAUUUUCUCCAAUACCGACAAGCUCUAUGACUUUGCCAGCUCCAGUGUGAAAUCUACUAUUGAACGCUUCAAUAAGACCAAGAUGGAGCAGCAACAACUACUGAAUCCGGCAUCAGAAGUUAAGUUUUGGCAGAGAGAAGCUGAAACUUUAAGGAAAGAACUACACUCAUUGCAAGAAAAUCAUCGACAGCUAACUGGACAGCAACUAAAUGGUUUGGGCGUUAAACAAUUGCAAAAUCUAGAGAGCCAACUUGAAAUGAGUUUACGUGGAAUUCGUAUGAAAAAGGAACAAAUCUUGACCAAUGAAAUCAAAGAACUAACUAGAAAGAGGAAUCUUGUGCAUCAUGAAAAUCUCGAAUUGUCGAGAAAGGUACAAAGGAUUCAUCAAGAAAACAUCGAACUAUACAAGAAGGCUUAUGCAACGUCAAACGCAAAUGGAUUAGGAAAUAAUGAGCUAGUAGAUGCAGUUGAUGAAUCCCAUGCAGAGGUUAGGCUGCAGCUAAGCCAGCCUGAGCAGUCUCAUUAUGAGACUUCAUCAAAGAGCAAAUAAGAUCAUAAAAGAUAUAACAACUUAAGCAAGUGCGAGUAUAAUCAUCAUGUCGGAGAACAAACCAAAGGUUUGAUUUUGUACGAAUAUAUAUGGUCUCAAGUGAAAGUAAUGGAAGAGCUUCUCGAUUUUUUUGUUGGCUUUCUUAUGUGGUUUAAAGUAUAUAAUUAAGACAUAGUUAAUUAGUAGGGUGAUCUUUUUUAAAAUCGAUUUGAGUUCAGUUAGGUGUUUCAGUUUUUCUUUUCUAUUCGGUAUGUAUAACUAAAGUAAAUUAAAGUUGAUCUUUGAUAUAGGUCGGGUUUGUACGAGUAUUUUUGUUUAUCAACAAUAAGCAUCAUACGGUGUUUGAAUUAGGAUGGUGACGCAUCAACAACAUUACCACAAACCAAUGGACUAU